AUGGCAGUAUUAACAGAGAUAGACGAAGAUGAACUCGACGAAGAACCAGGCGAGGUUAUCGAAUCGGCACCGCCUCAAAAGAUUGGCGAAGAAAGACAACUCACUACUAAUUCACCCAUCAAAAAGAAGCUCCUAAAACGCGGUCUCGGUUGGGAAACCCCCAAUUUCAACGAUCAUGUUACUGUUCAUUACGUUGGAACUUUGCUUGAUGGAACAGAGUUGGGUUCCACUAGGGUUUUGAAUUGUCCUCUGACAUUUACACUUGGCCAAAGUGAAGUGUAUGCGGGAUUGGAUGAUGGGAUUGUCACCAUGAAAAAGGGAGAGGUGGCAUUGUUUACAUUACCUGCUGCUGAGUCUGGAGGCGUUCCACGAGUCGCCAACUCGGUUGUGCAGUUUGAGGUGGAACUUGUUUCUUGGAUCACAGUGGUGGAUGUUUGCAAAGAUGGUGGAAUUAUCAAGAAAAUUAUGGAGAAGGGGAAAGGGAAUGAUCGACCCGGUGAUCUUGACGAAGUUCUUGUGAAGUAUCAGGUGGCACUAGUUGACGGCACCAUUGUUGCAGAAACACCGGAAGGAGGAUUUGAAUUCUAUGUGAAGGAUGGUCAUGUUCUUCCUACGUUGCCAAAAGUGAUCAUGACUAUGACUAGGGGAGAAAAGGCUGAAUUAAUUUUUCAACCUCAAUAUGCCUUUAGGGAGACGGGGAGAGAAGCUGGCAGCGGGUUCCAUUCGAUUCCCCCGGAUUCAGUGCUGCAUGUUAAUAUUGAAUUGGUGUCCUUCAAGCCUGUCAUAAAUGUUACUGGCGACUCUAUGGUGAUUAAGAAAAUUUUGAAAGAAGGGGAGGGUGCUUUCACAGCCAACGAGGGUGCAAAUGUUACUGUCAGUUACACGGCUAUGCUAGAAGAUGGCACGGUAUUUGAGAAAAGAGGAAUCGGUGAAACACAGCCCUUGAGAUUCGUAACUGAUGAGGAGCAAGUGAUUACUGGUCUAGACCGAGCAGUGGCAACAAUGAAAAAGGGCGAGAAGGCCAUAGUUAGCAUACAUCCUGAUUAUGCAUUUGGAAAUGUGGAAGUGAGACAAAAUCUGGUUAUUGUGCCACCAGGCUCGAAAGUAGUUUAUGACAUUGAAAUGAUAGAUUUUAUUAAGGAGAAAGCACCAUGGGAGUUAAAUAAUACUGAGAAAAUUGAGGUAGCCAGGAGGAAAAAGGAAGAAGGAAAUUUAUUAUUUAAAAGUGGAAAGUAUCAGCGAGCAGCGAAGAAGUAUGAUAAGGCAGCGGAUUUUGUUAGUGAAGAUGGAUCCUUUGGUGAUGAUGAGCAAAAGCUAGCUAAGUCGUUAAGAGUUUCGUGCUGGUUGAAUGGUGCCGCUUGUUGCCUUAAACUGAAUGACUUUGCUGGAGCAAUCAAACUAUGUACUCAGGUACUUGAUGUUGAGUUUCACAACGUGAAAGCUUUGUAUAGACGAGCGCAGGCAUAUAUAGAGACGGGAGACUUUCUUUUAGCAGAUAUAGACAUCAAGAAAGCUCUUGAGGUGGAUCCACAAAACAGGGAGAUAAAGGUGCUGAAAAUGAAAGUGAAGCAACUUCAAGCUGAUAGUGACAAAAAAGAUGCUAAACUGUAUGAAAAUAUGUUUGCUCAUAAACCGAAGAGAUUGAAGGUUGAGAAAGAAGAGGAUGAAGUGGUGAAAAUGAAAAUGGACAAUGUUGGUGAUAGUGCAGCUCCUUCUGAUGGUGGUUUAAUUAUUGAUUCUUGUUGA